AUCUUAUCAUCAUCCUCUUCAAGGCCUUCUCACUUUCAGUAUCAGUGAAAGCUCAGCAGCCGAAAAUGGCCCUCUCGACGGCCAAAUUAACCGAACUGCCACCGCACCUCCUAUCAGCAUUCUCUAUCCCGCGCCGUAAACCGCUGCGUUCUCCUCUCCUCCUCCUCAAACCCUUCUCUUCUUCUCUCCGCUCCACUAAAUUACCCAAUACUUCCUCCAAAAACCCAAAUAGGCCUACAACUUCCUCCUCUGGUUCCUCUUCUUGGAUCAACAAAUGGCCUUCCCCUCCUCCGGCGCCACCGACGCCUCCUAAAGCCGGUGUUAAAAAUACGGAAGCGAAAACCGAAACAAUUCGGGGAGGUACCACGGCAAUUGAUAGAAUUGUACUCCGGUUGCGGAAUUUAGGUUUAGGUUCUGAUGAUGAAGAGGAAGAAGAAGGGGAAGGUGGACUAGCUAUAAGUUCGGAGAAUGCUGAUUCUAACUUGCAUGAUUCUACAAAUGUUGAAUUCGGCGAUGAAAAGCUGGGGGACUUGUUGAAGAGAGAUUGGGUUAGACCGGACACGAUUUUAGUUGAAAAUGAUGAUUAUGAUUCGGAUUCGUUGUUGCCGUGGGAGAGGGGUGUGAAUGAGGAUGAGGAAAUGGAUGAGGAUAGAGUGGCAGUGAAGAAGCGGCCAAUGCGAGCGCCUACAUUGGCCGAACUGACUUUAGAGGAUGAGGAGCUGAGGAGGUUGAGGAGAAUGGGGAUGACUUUGAGGGAGAGGGUGAAUGUGCCUAAGGCCGGAAUCACGGGUGCUGUUUUGGAGAAGAUUCAUGAUAAGUGGAGGAAAUCUGAGCUGGUAAGGUUGAAGUUUCAUGAAGACUUGGCGCAUGAUAUGAAGACUGCUCAUGAGAUAGUUGAGCGCCGGACAGGGGGCCUAGUCACAUGGAGGUCAGGAAGUGUUAUGGUGGUGUUUAGAGGAACUAACUAUGAAGGCCCUAUUUCAAAACCGCAAAGAAUGAACAGUGAGGAUGAUGCUCUUUUUGUCCCCAAUGUUUCCUCCCUUGACAACUCGGUCACCAGAACUAGUGAUGGUAAAAGUCCGGUUAUUGAGAAGUCCAAUCCAGUUAUCUCUGCCCGUGCUGAAAGCAUGUCAGAAGAGGAAGCAGAAUACAACCGGCUAUUAGAUGGUUUAGGUCCACGCUUUGAAGAUUGGUGGGGUACAGGUGUGCUUCCUGUUGACGCUGAUUUACUUCCUCAGACAAUUCCUGGAUACAAGACACCUUUUAGACUUCUUCCCGCUGGAAUGCGUCCACGACUAACCAAUGCCGAGAUGACUAACUUACGGAAGCUUGCUAAGUCGCUUCCUUGCCAUUUUGCUCUUGGAAGAAAUAGAAAUCAUCAAGGUUUAGCAAUAUCCAUAAUUAAGCUUUGGGAAAAAAGUUUACUUGUAAAAAUUGCUGUGAAGCGUGGAAUCCAAAAUACUAACAACAAAAUUAUGGCUGAGGAACUGAAGAAAUUAACAGGGGGAGUGUUACUUCUAAGAAACAAAUAUUACAUAGUUAUGUACCGGGGAAAGGAUUUUCUUUCUCCCAGUGUGGCUGCUGCCUUAGCAGAAAGACAGGAAAUGACAAAACAAAUACAAGAUAUUGAGGAGAAAGUCCGGGGAGGACCAGUAGCAGUGCCAGUGGCUGAAGAGAAGGAAGCUUUGGCAGGUACUUUGGCAGAGUUCUAUGAGGCUCAGGCUCGGUGGGGAACUAACAUAUCUGCUGAGGAACAUGAAAAGAUGAUAGAAGAGGCAUCCAGAGCCAAGCGUGACCGUGUGAUCAGACGAUUUGAACAUAAAAUAGCCAUUGCUCAGGCAAAGAAGCUCAAAGCAGAGAAACUGCUAUCUAAAAUAGUGGCUUCUUGGGUUCCUGUCAGUCCUUCAGAUGACCAGGAGACGAUUACAGAUGAGGAAAGAGUCAUGUAUCGUAGAGUUGGAUUACGGAUGAAAGCAUACUUGCCACUUGGCAUUCGUGGCGUUUUUGAUGGUGUUAUUGAGAACAUGCACCUGCAUUGGAAACAUAGAGAACUUGUAAAGUUAAUAUCAAAGGAAAAAGAGCUUGCUUUUGUUGAAGAAACAGCACGACUUUUGGAAUAUGAGAGUGGUGGAAUACUAGUGGCAAUUGAAAGAGUUCCAAAAGGCCAUGCCUUGAUUUACUAUCGUGGCAAGAAUUAUCGGCGACCUAUCACUCUGAGACCAAGAAAUCUGCUGACUAAGGCAAAAGCACUGAAGCGUAGGGUUGCCUUGCAGCGAUAUGAAGCUCUCAGUCAGCACAUAUCUGAACUGGAGAAAACCAUUGAGCAAAUGAAGCAAGAAAUUGGCAAUUCUGCAAAUCUGGAGAACAGCAAGCAUUGGAACUCGGAGGAUUCAGAAUUGAGUGAAAGUGAAGAUGACGCUUCAAGCAUUGCUUCUGAUGGUGACGAAGAUGAGGAUGAAUGGGGGGAUGAUGAAGAUUUUGAAUUUUCUAGUCUCGAAGACACAGAUUUAUUGUCACAUAAAGCAGGCUGACUAAAAGUGUCAACCAGUGUUCUUGUUAACUCAUAGCAUGGAAUAUCUGGACGAGUAGCUAUGCCCGGUGAGCUAUUCUAAGAUGACAGCAGAGCUAGAGCAAGCACAAGAAACAGUCAACGAUGCUGGAUGCCAUAUUAAGCGCCAACUGCGAUGUAAGUUUAUGAUUUUGCACAUGGGCAGCAGUGUACAGUAAUAAUCUGUACGUGAUUGGGUGUUCGAUGAGGUGCUCCUGUAUAAUAACUCCAACUAAGAAGCCACUAUAAGCUUCAAGCUGUAAUUUGUAUAUUUGGUUUCCCUAUUUAUUGCAAGACGAACUCUUACACUUGUAAGUAGAUAGCCAAUUCUGUACUUGAAUUAUUAAGUUACUAUAGUUUUAUUGACUUCUUGCCAACACUACCACUCAA